AUGAGCAAAAGACCUGGUGAAGAAACCGAAGAAGACACCAUCAAGAAAUUGAAGAUCGAGUCCCAGCAGCCAAAGGACGACAACAAUGUCAUCGAUUCCGAGUUGUUGACCCACCAAACUAACUACCAGGACGAUGGCCAACAGCAGCAACAGCAUCACCACCACCAUCACCACCAGCACCUUGAACCAACUGUCGAAGAAGUCAACGCAUCCAAGGCCAUUGAGGACUUGAACAAAUUGAGGGCUGCUAGUGACAUUGGUGGGCCAUUCGACUAUGGCCAAUUAUUGAAGCAGCAAAACGGCAUGCAAGCUCAAGCGCAACGCGAAGCCCAAGCUCAAGCUAUCCAGGCCCAAGCCCAAGCUGCCCAAGCUGUAAACGACGCCCAAGUCCAACAAUCUCAACAACAAGCUUCCCAGUUGAACGUGGCCUCUGGUAGACCUCAAGCUGGUACCGAUGAGUGGCAUAAGAUUAGAAGAGACAACCAUAAAGAAGUUGAAAGACGGAGAAGAGAAAACAUCAACGCCGGUAUCAAGGCUCUCAGUUCUUUGUUGCCAACUAACGAAACCAACAAGGCCCAAAUCUUGCAAAGAGCCGUCGAGUAUAUCAAAAGAUUGAAAGAAAAUGAAACAAAUAACAUUGAGAAGUGGACUUUGGAAAAAUUGUUGACCGAUCAAGCGGUGGCUGAAUUGAGUGCCUCCAAUGAAAAAUUGAAGCAAGAAUUGGAGAAGACUUACAGAGAAUUAGAACAUUACAAGAAGAUUGCCAAAGAAGAAGCCGAUAAGAAAUGA